UGAUUCUCCAUAGACUGCACUUUAUUACAAUGACGGCCUGGCAAAAAGCAAAAGGACUUUAGGAUGACAGUUGUCACGCGCCUUUGUCUUCUGUUGAGCUGCUGGACUCUCAUUUACCUACAUCCCGUCCUCGGUUCAUUGAGCCGGACCAGAGCGACCGAGCACCACCACCACCGGCUCGGACAGGCAGCACAGCGCGCAGCAGGGGAGCAAGCCCACGGAGGAAUCGGUGGGUUCACACUAGCAGCAGGCAGACAACCGGUGACCCGUACCGGGAAGUGGAACCCCUCACCGGCGAGUCCGUCGAGGAUCCGCGCAGGUCCGCCGUUAAUCAAGGGCGACACGACUGUUGUUAAAAGCACGAAAAGCAAAGUUAGUGCGGUGACAUCUGCGCCACCAUCCCAGCGACUACCCGGCAGGGCCGCGCUGGUGAACCGGGCACAGCUGGACAGAACAUUUGGCUUGGGGCGCAAAGAGGCUGUGCGAUCCUGGCUGCCCGCCGGGGAUGCUCCCGUCAAAGCGCACGCUCCCGUGGCUUUUAGCGCACAUGCAGCUGGCAAAGGAGUCAUGCCUGCGGACGACGGAGGCAGACGCGGUGGCUCACCUGGAAGAAAUCUAGAGAAAGUUGACUCCAGUGCAGCUGGUGCAGCUGCUCCUGUGCGCACCGGAACUCUCCCAAAAGCCACCGGUGUGCAAAAACAGCAGCAGAGAGCGGCUCCGGUGGCGCAGGGGGGAGCCAGCUACAAGACCCCGAAACUGAGCGACCGGGAGGCGCAUCACAAGCAGCCACUGGUGAUUCCUCACGACUACAUGCUGUCGCUGUACUGGUCUCUCUCCACCGGGGACCUAAACACCAGCGCUCUGCACGAAGCGGGUCUGGCCAACACCAUCACCAGCUUCGUGGAUAAAGGACAAGAUGAGCGUGGACACCAGCUGCGACGGCAGAGGUAUCACUUCAACAUCAGCUCUCUGGAACGAGACGGGCUCCUGGGGGCCGAGUUACGCAUCCUGAGGAAGCGCCUGCCUGACCCCCACAAAGUCUCGAUGGGAUCCACAGGAGCUGAUGGAGGAGGAGAGGGGGGAGGAGCCUCAUCCCCGUGCCUGAAGCUGUACACCUGUGGUUCAGGCAAACAAAAGGCCGCCCUGCUCCAGAUGAAGAUCUUGGAGGAUCUGGCCAGAGGAUUUGGCAGCAAGUGGGAAGUUUUCGACAUAUGGAAAGUUUUUAAGGGUUUUAAAAACCAGCAGCACCAGCACUCCCAGCAGCUGUGCUUUGAACUGGAGGCCCUGGAGCACAGAAGUGGUCAGCCCAUGGACCUGCGCACUCUGGGGUUUGCCCGAGCUGGCAGGACCAACAAGGAAAAGGCCUUCUUCUUGGUGUUUGGCAAAAGCAAGAAGCGUGACCUUUUCUACAACGAGAUCAAAGCACGGUCAGGCCAUGACAACAAAACUGUCUACGAAUAUCUGUUCACCCAGAGACGAAUGCGCCGAGCUCCUGCUACAAGGGGGCCUAAAAAACCUCUGCCGCAGUCACAGUCCCUCCCCCAGCACCAGGCAGUGAAGAUGAAGGCGCGCUGCAACCGGAAACACCUCCAUGUGAACUUCAAGGAGAUGGGCUGGGACGACUGGAUCAUCGCACCGCUGGAGUACGAUGCGUAUCACUGUGAUGGCGCCUGUGACUUCCCCAUCCGCUCGCACCUCGAACCGACCAACCAUGCCAUCAUACAGACCCUGAUCAACUCCAUGGAUCCAGGGUCAACGCCACCCACCUGCUGCGUCCCCACAAGACUCACCCCAAUAAGCAUACUCUACAUUGACUCGUCCAAUAACGUGGUCUACAAGCAAUACGAGGACAUGGUGGUGGAGGCGUGUGGCUGCAGGUAACAAAGAACAGUGAGAGAAAAGGAGAAGACAGCCAGUUCCUGCUCCUUACUUUAAGGACAAUAUUGGGAUCAAACCUAAAACUGUGAGAUGAGCAGUGAGUUUUUUCGGCUGAGUGUGACCAAACUCACUGCUAUGCAGCAGACAUUACUCUUCACGCUCAAGUGGACUAUCAGACUGCAUACCAGAGACUGUUCGACACUGGUAAAGACUAAACAGAGGAAGAUAAACUCAUGGAGGUGAUGCUCUUUAACACCCACUCACUAAAACUUGUUGAUGUUAGUGGUGAUGAACAAGAUGCAUCUGAGAGAAGCCAAAAACAACUAGAGGGCAGAGACACGGUGAAACGCUCUGCUCACAUUACACUCAAACAGAUUUUACUGCCUGUUCUAUUUUUUGUUUCUCUUCAGAUUUGUAGCUAUGUGUCGACUGGUGUAAAAAGUUUUGUGUAACAGAAAUGCUAUUGAAACAUUAGUGACUUAUACUCAAAAAUGCCCUUUUCAAGCACUUCUCUGCCAUUGUGCCUUGUGCCCCUGCACACGUACAGCCAUUUGUAUGCCUUAUCAGAGACGUUUUUUUAUCAAGCACGUGAAGAAUUUCUGGUGUAUAAAUACCGACCACUGAUGAAGUGGAGAUCUGACC